GUGAAAGAGAAAGCUGGUCUAUGGUUGUGUGCUUUUUAAGCAGAUACAGGUACAGUUCUUGGUAAAAAACAAAGAGAGAUACUUGUCUUGUCUAACCAGGUUGUAAUGCAAGUAUGAAUCUGACAACAGAAGCUGACAGCACAGAGGCAGAAUAAAAACACACCAGAAGAAAAUCAAAAUGAGUUACUUGUUUAAUUAUGGUCGACUGUUUCCCAACAAACCUCCUUCAGCAGUGAAGUACAAAGGCUUGAAAAACCAGGGAGCAACUUGUUACCUGAACAGUGUGCUGCAGGUGCUUUUUAUGACUGAAGACUUCAGAGAAGCUGUAGAAAGGUAUCAUGGGACUGAGUGUAUCGACCUUCAGCUUAAAACCCUGUUUGAGAAAUUAUGCAAUCAAAAUGCAGACACCUAUGAUAUCACAAAGCAGCUGGGCGUCAAACGAGUGUACGAACAGCAAGAUGCUGCCGAGUACUUUGAGAAGAUUUUAAAACGGACCAGCGAUGAGGCGUCACAGAUCUUUCAUGGACAGUUGACUCACAGGACUACAUGUUCAGGAUGUGAUACACAGACAGACGCAGACGGGCGAAUUUGGCAUCUUCCUCUAACACUGGUGGACUACAACAGUGAAUACAGUGUGGUGAACGGCAUCGAGGAGUAUUUUAGGGCUUUGACAUUCAGCGGAGAAAACCAGAUGUACUGUGAUCACUGUGAUGCCAAACAGGAUGCCACUAUUAAAUGUGUCAUGAAGCAUCAUCCAGAGGUCCUGAUGCUGCUACUGAAGAGGUUUGAGCUUGACUACUAUUCUAUGACUUACUUCAAAAACAACUGCAAUGUCCACAUUCCUCGCAUCUUACAGAUACCAGAGAAUCAGACGUAUGAACUGUACGCGGUUGUGGAGCAUGUUGGAGAUCUUAGAAGUGGACACUACUCUGCAACUAUCAAGUCUCAGGAGGAUGACAGAUGGUAUAAGUUCAAUGAUACCCGGGUCACACUGGUUGAUUCACAGCUUUUCCAGACAGAUAACUCAGAGAAGUCCGGCCUUGCCUAUCUCCUCUUCUACAGGAAAAAGAGCGUGCCUGCUGCAGAUACAAGUACUCCAGAAGUCAUUGUGGAGGAGUCCACUCCUGGAGGCUGUUUAUCUUCAACCAGCGACGACGACAACGAGGGUCAAGAUGUUAUCAUGGUGAACGGGCAAGAGGAGGUUCAGGAAGCAGCAGACGCAAGGAAUGAUGAUGCAGUGGGUGGUUUUAUUGACCCAAGGGAACAAAUAGGAACCUUUGCAGACAGAGUCAGUGUUAGCUCUGAGGUAGAGGUGCGAUCGCCUGAGCGUUGCUGCGAUGUAGAGGACCAGGAGGGUAGAGUUUAUUCAAGGAAGAAUGUAACAUACAACUAUGAGGAGCACAGUGAAGAAAGGAAUGACUCCCUGCACCAAUUUCAAGACAGAGAGGAAGAUGAGGUGAAAACAGCAGCAGCUAAUGAGGAGAUAGUUGGUAAGAGUGUAGAGGACAAGCAGGCAGAAAAGAAAGAAGUCAUAUCUGGAGAAAGUCGACGUGAAGAGAGUGUUGAGAAUCACAAGAUAGAUGAUUCUAAAAAGAAAAGACAGCAGGGACACAUCAGGGCGUCAUCUUAUGAUGGGAUGUCUGAACAGAAAGCACUCACAAUACGUGAGAGACAUGAACACCCUCGACAGGUCUGUGUGGUUGUGCAGAUAGAAAACGAAGAGGUUGAAAUGGAUAUAAAGAGAGACAAGGAUAAACAGAUGGACAGAAAUGAACAGAGAGAAAGGAGAGGGAGAGGACAGCAUCAGGUCAACGAAGGAUUAGAUGAUGUUGGAAAGAGCUUAAAAGUAGAUCCAGAGAGAAGACAGGAAAGUGGAGAAGACAUCAGUUCUUCUGAAGCAGACAAAAAGGGAAGGGAGAAAAGGGUGAAUGAAGAACGUAAGGCUGCUUCAGAAGAGAAAAUGGGAGCAGAUAGAGUGGAAUCAGUGAGAAGAAAGCUCUCGACAACAACGUUAGACAAUGUUAGGGUUGGCAGUAGCACACAGGACAUGGCUCAAGUUGACCAAGCAGGGAAACGAGGAAGCGGUAGUAGGCAUGGCGGUCGUGAACAAUAUAAAGAGGAGAAAAUGGAAGUUCAGAAAGCGAAGGAACAAAAGAGAAGAGAUGAUAAACAAUUACAAAGAGAACCAUCACUGGCAAAAACUAAAUAUGCAGACAAGAAAAGCUCAGAUGAUAUUGAUCAUGAGAGAGCACAUCCUGCACGUAAAGAUGUUUAUGCAGCAGAAAAGCAGGAAGAGGGAGAAGACUGUGAACGUGUUCGAGACAGGGACAGGGAAGUUCAGAGAGCGAAGGAAGGAAAGAGAAGAGAUGAUCAACAUUCAAAUAAGGGGGUAGCAUUGAUUACAAAACCUGUAGGAGAUACAGACAAGAGAGGCUCAGAUCACAUUGGUCGCAGGACAGCAGAUCCCACGCAUAGAGUUGUCGGUGCAGAGAAAAAGCAGGAAAAGAGGGGAGACUGUGAGCGUAUUCAGGACAGGGACAGCUCUUCUGGACUGGAAAGGAGCAGAAGUAAGACAGAGCAUCAGGGAGAAGUAAGGCAAAAACAAGCAGGGCCUAAAUAUGAUGAAGGAAGGUUUGAGAUGGUUGGCAUAACACUUGAGACUCCAAAGGAGACUUGUCUAGACAGAAGACAGGAGUUGGCAGAGGACAGUGGAAAAACAACAUCUUGUUUUCCAAUUUCUUUCCAGAAAGGGAAAAGAAAAUUAAAUCCAAAAGAACUAGAUGUUGAAUUUUACAAGGCCAAGAGAGAGAAAAAGGCCUCGGACACACAAGAGCAGGCAGCUGGCGUAAAACAUGAGACAAAAAAGAAAUGGUGGCGUUUCUCUUCAGCAAAGAAACACAGCAAGGGUAAAAAGAAAUGGGGUAAAAAAUUUCAAUUUUUUACUUCGAGAAGGCAGACUUCAGAGUCAGACUGAGUUCAAUCCUGUACAUAGUGCAUCAUGAUGCUGCACUGUGAUUUUCAAGACUGCAUGGCAUUGUGUUGUUUUGAAUUCAUGCAGAUUGAUUGAACUUUAGUUGCUAUGGAUCAGUUAGCAAUCAGCAUGAAGUUACCGUGUUGACUUAAUUUAUUAUAACAAGCUGAAUGACUAAAAGUUAUGAUGUUAAAUUCCUGUCUAGAGGUUUGUUGAUUUAAAUGUGUCUUGAUCCUCACCACACAUAUCCUCCUUUCUUAAUUAAUCCUUUAAAAGAGUGAAAAAGAAAAUGUGUCUACAAAGUGAACUUUUUCCUUUGACUUCUUCAGUUUCUGUAGUUUGAGGUCAGCCUUUUCAGAAAUGUAACAUGCCUCACUUCUUGAUUUCUUCACCAUGAAGAGCAGCAAAUGUAAAAGUUCAAAUGAGAUGAAUCAAAUGUUUGUUGUUCAGUUGAUGGAAACUGACUUCAAAAGACAAGGUGUGUUUUCAACAUGUAAACCAGACAUGUAAAAUGAGUUGUAUUGAUGUAUUAAAGGUAUGGUUGCUUAUUGCUAAAUAAAUAUUCUUGUGUAAGCUCAUGAGAGGACUGUUUAGCUUGUUAUCAAACACACAAAACAUUUGAUUUUGACUUUAUAGAACUAUUCUUAAUGUCCAUAAUCUCUGCCACCAGGUCAGUGUUGGACAAAAUGACAACCUUUGUCUAUAUUUAGCUCAGCAAAGACCCAGGGUUAAUGUUUGACUGCUAAAGGAAACCAAGAGGUGAAUUAAAACAAAACUUACCCAUGUACAGGACAAAAUCAGUAAAGAGAUGAAAUGUUAGCCUUGUCCACAGGGGGCGCCAAAAUCUAGUAAAAAUGAAAGUUCCUCACAGUAGCUUUAACUUGUUUGAAAUUAUUGAAAGAGGAAAUAGUGCUGGACUCACAACCUAUCAGGACAACGUAGUAGGGGCUGCCCCUCAACCAAUCAGGACAAAGGGCCGGAGAGUAGCUCUGAUUUGUCUGUGAUAACGGGACCGAGGACAAUUAUAAUAUCACUGGAUACAAAGGCAUUGGAAAACACAUUCCGCCAUAAUCUCAAAUUACUUAAAUUACUGACGAAUGCUGAUGGGUAUUAUGACUUUUUCUCCAAACACAGCAGAAAAAAAAGUAUAGUUUUUUACACCAUUCUUACGAAAUGCACCUAAGGAAAUAAAAUCAUCUUUCAUACUGACUGGAAUCAUUGGACUCAGAGGCUCACUGCUAGGCUAAAUGGACAGCUAAGCCCAAGCUUUGUAUUGGGGUCCUGCUCACCCUGUCAGAAUUCUGAAUUUGUAUAACCACCCAUUCACAAUGCA